AUGGUCAUCAGAUAUGGAAUUCUGAAGUUAUCCCACACACCUCAAAAUUCUGGAUCCGCCACUGGACUAAAAGUAAAGAAGGAUAUAAAACUGUCAUCAGCGUCAUCCUUCUUUUUUCCACCACACUCAACGACCCACAAAGCCGCUCUUCAUAUUCCUCACUCAUCUUCGUCGCACUUAUUACCGUCAUUGCUGUCACCACCAUUACACGGAGUUGUGACGUCAACAACGACGUCAUCGUUCUAUCGAAGUGACGUCAUUAAGAGGGGUCGCCUGUUUGUCAAGAAGCCCUUUCCCGCCCAUCUCUUCAGAUUCAAGAUCACUUUGAAUUCGAACUCGGUUACUGCAACAUCAGAGCUAGUCGUCUUUCACGAAUAG